UGUGGAAAGAGCUUCAGUGACAGGAGUUCCCAUACUAGACACCAAAGAACUCAUACAGGAGAGAAAUCGUAUACAUGUACAGUGUGCGGAAGGAGCUUCAGUGACAGUAGUUCCCAUAGGAGACACAGAAGAACUCAUACAGGGGAGAAACCGUAUACAUGUUCCGAGUGUGGAAAGACCUUCAGUCACAGUCACAGCCUUACGUCGCAUCAACGAACUCAUACAGGGGAGAAACCGUAUACAUGUUCCGUGUGUGGAAAGAGCUUCAGUGACAGUAGUUCCCAUACUAAUCACCGAAGAACUCAUACAGGGGAGAAGCCUUAUACAUGUUCAGAGUGUGGAAAGAGCUUCACUCAAAGUGGUGGCCUUACCUCGCAUCAAAGAACUCAUACAGGGGAGAAACCGUAUACAUGUUCCGAGUGUGGAAAGUGCUUCAGUCGAAGUAGUGGCCUUAUCUCACAUCAAAGAACUCAUACAGGAGAGAAACGUUAUAAAUGUUUUGAAUGUCAAAAGAGCUUCAGUCACAGUUGUUCCCUUAUCUUGCAUCUACGAACUCAUACAGGGGAGAGACCGUAUACAUGUUCAGAGUGUGGAAGGGGCUUCAGUCACAGUGGUCACCUUACUAGCCACCUAAGAACUCAUACAGGGGAGAAACCGUAUACAUGUUCAGAGUGUGGAAGGAGCUUCACUUCACUCAGAUCAGUGGGCAUUAAACAUCAACAGACUCAUCGAGGCAGCAAACCUUAUAAAUGCUGGGAAUGUGGCAAGAGUUUUGGUGAACUCGGCUCCCUUUCUCGGCAUCAAAGAAUUCAUACAGGGGAGAAACUAUAUAUAUGUUUGGAGUGUGGAAAGAGCUUCAGCCACAGUUGGGAUCUUACCGUGCAUCAAAGAGUGCACACAGGAGAGAAACCUUAUAAAUGCUUGGAGUGUGCCCAGAGGCUCCUGCCGCUCGGCUCCGAAACGGUUAAGAGCAGCGGCGACAGAGCGGAGAUUCCUAGAGCGGAGGGGGGGGAAGACUGUCGGGAGAAUAGGAGCUUCCGCUUCCUGUCCCGCUUUCCCGAGGGAGAUGCUGCUGAUGGCGACGGCCUGUCCUUCCUCGUGUAG